AUGUCUUUUGGCAACACAAUUAGAAACAGACAAGACAGGAUACCUCAUGAUCAGGUUAGAGUAAUCCGGUCGAGAAAAUUUCUCACCGCAGUAGAAAUGGAUAAUAUAAAAGCAAUCGUAUCAGAACGACAAGGGAUAAUUGCUGCUGAGAAUGAAGAGCGACCAACUGAUGUUAUAGAACUCAUAGAAAGAUCAUUGGCGAUGGCGGCAGUUUCUUCAGAAGAAGAAGAAGACAAAGGGGUACAAAAACUGAUUCUGUCACUGAUAUCCCAGAAAUACCACAUGAUGUUAGACCCACCCUAUCAAGGAUUCCUUACAACUUUAGAUCCCGGAUGA